AUGAAGACGGGCCUUGCUGUUGUUUUUCUAGGCCAGCUCAGUACCAUCUGUUCAUCUUCCACACGCGUACAACUCCCUGGCUGUAAACCGGGCAAACUGGUUUGCCAUGGUGAGAGCCAGUAUGGCCUCUGCGAUAUUGACAACACUGUGAGCUUCAUGAAUACUGCGCGGGGCACCAGCUGUGUCUGUUCUGGUACUGAAUGCAGUAUUAUCUUCACCACCAACUCUGAUACCGAGGCAUCGGCUCUUCCAUCAUCUCAGCAAAAUCCUGGGCCGAAUGCGCCUUCGCGGAAUAGCCAAGAGACGUCGUCGCUGUCCGCGUCGCAACCCUCCGACGUGCCCACUACCACGUUUGAUUCUGCGAGUUCAGUCGGCAUUUCCGGGAACGGCCCCGUCGAUGCAGGCGUUACGAAUUCGCAGCCGCCCUCCAGCACGGACAUGGCUGCUCCCAGUUCUACCUCUUCCCAGCCUGAACAGGGCUCCGGAGACGCUGAGAGCGGGGAUUAUAUUAAGACAUUUUUUGGCAACGGCGAGCCGUCCUCUGGCUGGCCAGAGCUUGCGCAGUGGGUAAGCUUCGAUACUAUGUGGGCGACCAAUCUGAAAAAAGUCAUUUUUCAAUCAUGCCCUGCUGGACAGACGAACUCCGCCUCGGAGAGCGCGGACGUCAAAUCUGCUAUCAAGAAUGUCGCCGAGUCGUCUGGCGUGGACGAGCGCUUUAUUCUUGCCGUUGCCUUGCAGGAGUCAGGAUGCUGCGUGCGCGCUCCUACCACCAUCGGUAGCGUUAGUAACCCUGGAAUCAUGCAGUCGCAUGACGGCACCCACUCUUGCUACAAGAAAGAGCGCUGUCCCAGAGAUAUUAUUCAAGGCAUGAUUGCAGACGGCGUCACCGGUACCCCUUCCGGUGACGGCCUAGCGCAAAUAUUGGGCAAAGUUGGUGGCAGUGGCGUUUCGCGUUACUACAAGGCCGCACGCAUGUACAAUUCGGGCUCCAUCGACGCAAGCGGCCUGCUCGAGGAGGGCGGCUCCACGCACUGCUACGCCAGCGACAUUGCCAACCGCCUCAUAGGCUGGUCCCAAGGCUCCACGGGCUGCAAGAUCAUAGUGGCAUGA